CAUCUGGCUUUCGUCCCCAAGAUUUCUUUUCCAAUUUUCCAUUAUUUUUCCUUCAAAAAUUUACCAUAUUUAAUUCCUGGACCCGAAAACGACGCUCGCUUUACAGCUACGAAUUUUUUAAACCAAAAAUUCGCAGUACAAUGGCCUUCCAUGUCGCUUGCCCCAUUACCUGCCGGAAGAUUUGCACCUGUGCUUUGGGGUUUCCGGCGAAGCUGCGAGACGAGAAGGGGAGGAAUGAGUUUUUGCAGGAGGUAGAUAGGAUCGAGCAGUUCUUGAAGGAUCCGUGGCUGAUCAAGUCGAGGGAGAAUGCGACGGUUCAGGUUAAGGUUCCGAAGGUUGUUGUCUCCCCCGCGCCGGCUCCUCCGCCGCCGCUGCGGAUUUCGGCGGCGGCGGGAGGGGGAGGGGAUGAGGCUGCCAAGACGGCGGCGGUGAAGAGAGCUGCUCUGCAGAAGCAAGCUGCUGCAGCAUCAAUGGAGGCCGAGGAUUAUGCCCGGAGGUUUGAAUCUGGGGAUUUGGGGACUGCUGCAAAGGAUGUUGCUGGAGACGAGCAAGGUAAUCCAAAUGCCAAGAUUAUGUGUCGGCUGUGUUUUUCUGGUGAAGAUGAAGGUAGCGAGAGGGCAGGAAAGAUGCUAUCAUGUAAUUCUUGUGGCAAGAAGUAUCACCGAAGUUGUCUUAAAGCAUGGUCUCAAAACAGAGAUCUUUUUCAUUGGAGUUCAUGGACUUGCCCGUCUUGCCGUACCUGUGAGGUCUGCCGAAGAACUGGAGAUCCAACCAAGUUUAGUUUUUGUAAAAGGUGUGAUGGUGCUUACCAUUGUUACUGUCAACAACCCCCACACAAGAACGUUGGCCAUGGGCCUUAUCUGUGUCCGAAACACACCAAAUGCCAUAGCUGUGACUCUACUGUGCCCGGAAAUGGCUUAAGCGUGAGGUGGUUUUUGGGCCAUACUUGCUGUGACGCAUGUGGAAGAUUGUUCGUGAAGGGAAAUUACUGUCCUGUUUGUUUGAAGGUAUAUCGAGACUCUGAAUCAACGCCUAUGGUAUGCUGUGAUACCUGCCAGUCCUGGGUGCACUGUACAUGUGAUGGGAUAAGUGAUGCAAAAUACACAGAAUUUGAACUUGAUGGAAAUCUUCAGUACGUUUGUCCAACAUGCCGUGGUGAAUGCAGUCAGGUUAAGAACAUCGACGAGGCUGUUAAGGAGCUAUGGAGACGAAGAAAUGAAGCUGAUAAGGAUUUGAUAGCUAGCUUGAGGGCCGCUGCAGGUUUGCCCACAGAAGAGGAAAUUUUCAACAUUUCGCCUUUCUCUGACGAUGAAGAAAGUGAGCAGUUCCUAAAACCUGAGCCGGGGAGUUCUUUUAAGUUUAAAUCUCCGAAAAAGAGCAAAGAUUACAGAAAAAAAUCUUCCAAGAAGUAUGCAAAGAAAAAAAGGAGUGGAACAUCUUCGACAAAUGCAGCAGAUCAGAACGGGCAAGACGAGGCUUCACUUGGAUAUGACACUGGAAAUAAUAAGAAACAAGACACGCAAUUUUUUGGUACACCCGAUACUUCUCCUGUUAUUGGAAGUGUGAUGGAAGUGAAAACCGAAGCAAAUGAAGCAGCAGCCUCCGAACUGAAAUUUGGCGAUGAGGUUAUCCCUACGAAUGUAACAAAGGCGAUGAGAACCGUCAGAAUAAAGAGUAAUAAAUAUUUUAGCUCGACUAACAGUGAGGAGAUCGAAACUAACAGCAGUGUACCCAAGGCUGCACAGGGGCCAAAGCUCGUAAUAAAUUUGGGUGGGCUGGGCAGAAAUACCGCUACUCCUCCAAGAUCUGAAGCACCGAGCAUUAAAAGGCAAGAUUUGAUUUUACCGAACGUAGGUUCUGAAGAUACAAUCCAACCAAAACAUGACGAGCAGGGAUCUGAAGUUUGCCGGCAGAAGGAUCACAGGACUUAUUUGAAGUUCAAAAUUCCCCGAAAUGUUAGCAGUGGUAACCAUGAUGUUGCUGGUAGUUCGAGCACUGGGGAUCAGGACCCGGUGCCUGAUCCGAUUAUGGAUGAAUAUGAGAUCACUUAUACUCGUGGUCAAAGGUCCAAACGGAGAAGACCAGUAGCAGCAGCAGCAGCCAUUGAUGAGAACAAAGCUAUCGAGGACUUAUCUGAUGCUAAUUGGAUACUGCUGAAAUUAGGAAAAGAUGCUGCCGGGAAAAGGGUAGAAGUUCAUCAGCCAUCUGAUGAUUCCUGGCCCCGUGGAACUGUAGUCGAAGUCUCCGAGGGUACAUCGAUGGUGUCCAUAGCUUUCGAUUAUGGGAAAACAGAGAGCUUCGAACUGGGGAAGUUAGGAAUUCGGUUUGUGUCUCAGAAACCGAAGAUAUAAAUCUCUCGGGUCGAACAAACUUAGACUCAGCACUAACAAAAGAGCAACUGCCGGAAAGCUUGAAAUGAUCGUCUAAGUUUCCCGGCAUCGCUAUUAUAUAAGUUUUCCCCUGGAUUUGAGAUCUGUAGCUGCCUUCAUUUGUGGAUUUGUAUAUCUCUUGGCUAUAAUAGAAUAGAACUCAGGAUAUACAUACAUUUAUAUAUACAUAUCGAUGAGGGAGACCUUUGUAGUUUCUGUGACAUUGUGUUGUUGGCAUUUCUCAUGUAAUAUAUGAUGAUGCCGCCGGGCUGGAGAACAAUAACGAUAACGAUAUUCGGCUUUUUAAA